UUCAAAUAAGCUUCAAACUAUUUUUUCUUCACUUAUUCCUCAAAUAAUUAACUCCCCAAAAAUGCUAACAGCGGAUAACAGAAGAGUGGGAAGGUGGUACUUUGGUGGUCUCGCUGGUUGCUGUGCUGCAUGUUUCACACACCCCUUAGAUUUGCUUAAAGUACACUUGCAAACACAACAAGAAGGAAAACUUUCACUUCCACAGACGUGCAAAAAGAUAUACAAAUCUGACGGAUUGUUAGGCUUCUACAAUGGCUUGUCCGCUUCCUUACUGCGUCAAUUAACGUACACAACUACUCGUUUUGCAGUCUAUGAAACAGUUAAAAUGCAGUAUUCUGAAGGAAAUUUGUCUUUUAUUCAGAAAAUGGCUUUGGCUGGGGUUGCAGGAGCUGUUGGAGGUGUUGCCGGUUCCCCAGCCGAUUUAAUUAACGUUAGAAUGCAGAACGAUAUUAAAUUGCCUGCCAACCAGAGAAGGAAUUAUAAAAAUGCGAUUGAUGGGAUUAUUAGAAUGAGCAAGGAAGAAGGUGUCGCUAAAUUAUUCAAUGGGUGUACAAUGGCAACUGGAAGAGCUAUUUUAAUGACUAUUGGGCAAUUGUCUUUUUAUGAUCAAAUUAAACAGAUGCUAAUAAAAGCAAAUUUGGCAAAGGACAAUAUCUACACCCAUUUGUUUUCUUCUUUCCUAGCGGCUUCUGGUGCGACUGUUCUUACCCAGCCUAUGGAUGUAUUAAAAACGCGUUUAAUGAAUGCACCACCUGGCCAAUUUAAAGGCUUAUUGGAUUGCUUUUUGUACACAGCAAAAUUGGGGCCGCUUGGAUUCUUUAAAGGCUUCUUCCCCGCGUGGGUUAGACUUGCUCCACACACAAUUUUGCUUUUUGUCUUCUUCGAACAAUUUAGAAUGCGGUUGGGAUAUAUUCCUGAAGAGAAACUAAAAUCCAUGGAGAAAGAGAAGCCAAAUUCCACUGCUCAAACAAGUUCAAAUAAACAACCAAAGGAAGAGACAAAUAAACAAAAAACUGGAUAGACAAAAAUCACAAAAAUCAAAAAGUUUGGUUGUGUGCCAUAAAGGAGAAGAAAAGAAUAUUAUUAUUUACUAGUAGAGGAAUAGAGGUAUAUUUUUAUUAACCAAAAAAAAGUUUUUUUUUAUUAUUCUAACACCAAAAUUAUAGGCCAAAAAAAUUUUUUGUUAGUAUAUUAGAGUCUUAUCCACUGCCUCCCCUCCUUCCCCAAUCGUUCAGAGCUCUCUCCACUUAUCCCUCAAAAAUCUCCUUACCUAUUUCAGCUAUUUAAUAAAAAUAUUAUCUACUUAAAAAAUUUUUUCGAAUUAUCCCCACUUAUACCAGCUCAAUUUUCUUGAAAAUUAAAAAUAAUUUUGAGACUCUACUGUACUCUUAAAAAAUAUUUUAUUUUACCCUUGUGAUUUUUUUCUCAUUUAUUAUUUAUUAGACACCUCAAAAAAUAGUUAAUUAUUAUAUAUUUUAUUUUAAAAAAUAUAUAUUUAUUAUAUUAUUGUUUAAAAAAGUUUUUAAAAAUUUUUUAGAAAUUUUUUUUUCUUAAUUUUAAGGGUAAUUUUUUAAUUUUUCCGUUUAUCUCCUUUUCUGGGUUGAUUUAAUCAUUUUAAUUUUAAGCAAAUAAUUAAACUUUUUUCGGCUGAUCGUUCGUGGUGAAGUUGGUAGUGACUUGGGAUUAGUUAAAAUAGGGUCGUGGGUUCGAAUCCCGGUGUGGGGAAAAUUUUUUUUAUUUUUGCUAGGAAGGUAGUCUUUUGAUAAAAAAAUGACAGAUAAAAAAUUUUUUAAAAUUAAAGAAAUUUUUUUUUCACCCUACCUCAUAGGCUAUAAGUGCAUAUAACUGAUGUGAGGAACGAUUUUGUUGUUUUUCCUCCUUACCCCCUUCAGUUUCGAACAAUUUUUUAAUUAUUAAACGAAGUAAUUCACAAAAUAUAAAAAUAUAAAUGUAAAAAAAUAAUGAAGCUAUCCAAAGUCUCAUUUUAAGGGAAUAAAAAUAUUUUUGAAUAUUAAGGGGAAAUUUAAUUUUUUAAUUGAUUUAGUCUAGCUUACACUACUAUUAGUGCUGUUUUUUGUCCGCUCAUUUACCUCCACCUUCUAUAACCCUUCAGAAAAUCGAUUUAAAAGAACACAAUCAGCUGUGUUCUUUUAUAUUUUUUAAAUAGUUUUUUUAUUUUUUUUAAUUCAAAAUUCUUUUUCAAAAUAACUAAAUGCCAAAAAAAUCAAAAUUUUAUCCAAAGAAAAAUUUUACAAAUCUCCUCCCUUAACUAUUUUGUAAUACUAUAGCUUAAAUUAACUGAAUAAUUUCCAGGUUUAUAUCCAUGUGUAAUUAUUAUAACUUCGUGCCCGACUACUUCCGUAUAUAAUGUUUCUGUAGGUAGAUCACAGCAAAAACGGGGGCCUGAAAUUGGGGGUUUUGAAUUUUGGACGUUCUGUAAUGUUUGGACGUUUUGGGCUCUUUAGGGGGUUUAAGAGUUAAUUUAAGGAAGUGAUUGUUGUGGGACUUAUUUGUUAGGGAUUUUUUGAAUGUUUGGGGUUUUUGUACAUUGGGUAUGUUGACACUGGACAUUUUUGACACUGGACAUUCUGAGAAUUUUGGUGUUUGUGUCAUUUUGAAAGGGGUGGG